CCCCCCCCCCACAUUGCCCAAAAUACACAAAACUCAAGGUUUAAUUAAAUUCUUCAUUUAUUUGAUCAUUAUAAAGUAGAGGAUAUGGGAAGCUCUGUCCGUGUAAAGGAGGCCGUGGUGGUCACGCCCUCCGCGCCCACCCCGCCUUGCAUUCUCAACCUAUCCGCCGUCGAUUCGCAGCUCUUCCUACGCUUCACCAUCGAGUACCUCUUGGUCUACACUCCUUGCCCGGAACUGAAUCAGGCCUCGACUGCGUCGCGUGUCAAGGCUGCACUAGCUCAGGCUUUGGUGCCUUACUAUCCGCUAGCAGGCAGAGUGCGCCCCAAGCCCGAUGGCUUCAGCCUCGAGGUGGUAUGUCGGGCUCAGGGCGCAGUGUUCAUUGAAGCUGUCUCCGACAAUGUUGCGGUCUCUAAUUUUGAGCGGGCUCCGCGCUACGUCACCGAGUGGAGGAAGCUAUUGUCGCUCCAAGUGGCUGACGUAUUUAAAGGGGCUCCGCCGCUCGUUGUCCAACUGACGUGGCUGAAAGAUGGAGCGGCGGCACUUGGCGUGGGAUUCAACCACUGCGUCUGCGACGGGAUCGGAAGCGCCGAAUUUCUCAAUUCGUUUGCCGGGCUGGCAGCCGGAAAGCGUGGGUUCACUAGCGAGUUCAAACCCAAGCCUGUAUGGGAUCGCCACCUUCUGGACCCACAACCCGUAAAUCGUGCAUUAAAUCCAUGUCAUCAUCGCAUAAUCAAGGCGGCGAGUCACCCCGAGUUCAGCAAGGUCCCGGACGUUUCCGGCUUCGUGACUCGGUUCGCCAACGAACGACUCGCCCCCACCUCGAUCACUUUCCAUAAAAAACAUUUAAUUGAGCUGAAGAAACUCGCUGUGUCGACGAGUCGACCCAGUACCUCGUUAUCAGCGUACACGUCGUUCGAGGUCCUCUCCGCCCACGUGUGGCGCAGUUGGGCAAGAGCAUUGAACCUACCACCAAACCAAACCCUAAAGAUUUUAUUCAGCGUGAACGUACGUGACCGAGUCAGGCCGAGUCUACCCGGUGGGUAUUACGGGAACGCGUUCGUGCUGGGGUGCGCGCAAUGCAGCGCGAGGGAGCUGGAGGAGAAGGGUCUGUGGCACGCGGCUGAGCUGGUGAAGCGCGCAAAGGAGAGGGUAGAGGAGGAGCACGUGCGGAGGGUGGUGGAGUUGGUGAGCGGGGAGGGGAGGGCCUGUCCGGACUCUGUGGGGGUGCUGAUCGUGUCGCAGUGGUCAAGGCUGGGGCUGGAGAGGGUUGACUUCGGGAUGGGGAAGCCGGUUCACGUGGGGCCCGUAUGCAGCGAUAGGUACUGCUUGUUUUUGCCAGCUGGACGUUCUGGCGAUGGUGAUGAUGAACAGGGGGAAUCUGUUAAGGUGAUGGUGGCGGUCCCCACAAGUGCAGUUGACAACUACGAGAUGUUGGUCAAGAGUCCUUACUUAUAAGUUAUAACUUAUAAGUAAUACCAGUAGAAAAGAAUUCCCUCUCUCUUUUGCUCUUGCCGUUGACUUUGUAUAGUAUUUUCUGACUUGUAUAAUUGGAGAGAGAGAGAGAGAGAGAGAGAGAGAGAGCGCGAUGGUUUAGGGUUUACUGUUCUAAAUUUCUCAUGUCGUCGUCCAAGAUGCGUGCGAUCAAAUUGGUAAAUUGUACUGUGCGAUGAGAACCGUUGGAUUCAAUUCAUGUCUAUGCAAAAGGUAUUAA